AUGCGUGCUUCUUUGCUCUUUGCCGCGUUAGCUCCUGCUGUGUCCAUCGCUAGUACAUGCGAGCCAAGCUUCUUCGCUCCUUAUCUCACUAGUAAUGUCAGCAUUGUAUACGCUCGCACUUUCACAUCCACGGAGACCUUUGAAGGACCAAUGGGAAACUACACAGGCUUGCCUGAAUAUUGUGCACUCUACGUGAAUGUCAGCUCAUCCACUACAUCUGCAUACGAAUUUGGUCUUUGGCUCCCAACACGCACGUGGAACAAGCGCUACAUGGCUUACGGAAAUGGUGGAUUCACCGGCCAAGUUGCAUUUGCCGAUAUGGCGCCCGGGCUGAACUACGGCUUUGCAGUAGUUUCAACCAACACUGGACAUAACUCCUCCGUGCAAGAGGCUGGCGAUGCCGGCUGGGCAUUAAACAACCCCGAAACGCGAACAGACUGGGGCUGGCGUGCUCUCCAUGGCAGUGUUGCCCUGGGUAGGGUCUUGACAGAAGCAUUCUACGAUAACAAUAUUGAAUAUUCCUACUACGCGGGAUGUUCCACUGGCGGUCGUCAGGGGCUUAAGGAAGUCCAGAUGUUCCCCGAUGACUUCGACGGUGUCCUUGCAGGGGCAUGUGCUUGGUGGACUUCUCAUCAGCAAAAUUGGGACCUAAAGGUCGCGUUGGAUAACUUGCCGAACAACGCUUCUCAUCAUGUUACUGCCGAAUUGAUGGAUGUCUUGGCCACCGAGGUUCUUCGACAGUGUGAUGUACAAGAUGGUGUAAAGGACAAUAUUAUUAUGGAUGGCUACGCUUGCCAAUUUCGCCUCGAGGCAUUGCUUUGCAGCAGUCCAAGAACUAACACAAGCACCUGCUUCAGUGCCGAUCAGCUCGACACCAUCCAUCGUGGGUCUGAGGCUCAAGUCUCUCUCAUGAUCAUCACCGACGAUGACUCGGUAGACGAGCCCAGCGGUAUUGCCUAUGCUCGUGAUUUUGUUUACAACGAUGCCAGUUGGCCCGCAGAACACCUCGAUUACGCUACGAUUCAACUGUCCGAAUACCUGGACCCAGGAAAUGCUACCGCAGAUACAUACGACCUCCGCCCCUUCUACCAACGCGGCGGCAAGUUGAUUCAUUAUCACGGAUUCGCUGACGGGGAAAUCCCAACCGGGUCCAGCAUCUAUUAUUACAAGCAGGUUGAGAAAACCAUGAUUCCACUUGGAUAUGAUUUGGACGAUUUCUAUCGUUUCUUCCUCAUUCCCGGUAUGCAACACUGCUCGGGCUCGGUACAUGGGGCGCCUUGGUACAUUGGAUCUGCCAACCAACCCUCUGCCUUGACGGGGAGUAAUAUAUGGGGUGUUCCUGGGUUCCGCGAUACAAAACACGAUGCGAUUAUGGCUCUGAUGGCAUGGGUUGAAAACGGUACUGCCCCAGCCGAACUGAUCGCUACCAAGUAUAUCGAUGAUACUCCGGCGCUUGGUGUCCAGGCCCAACGCAGAACAUGUCCGUACCCACAACGCGCUGCAUAUGUUGGUGGCAACUGGAACCAGACAUCGUCUUUCAAGUGUGAGUAA